AUGGUUAACUCGGUAUCGUGGAGCGCCUUCGACAAGGUCGACCGUCUCGUCGUAUUCUACGGAAAGACGCCUUCUGCCCUAGUCCACGCCGCCUCGUCCGACGAGUCCGUCACCUACAAUACCUCGUCGGUCUACGCUAACUAUGUGACUAUUGAAGGACUGGAGCCGGACACUAUCUACUACUACUCCCUGCCGUAG